GGCUUCCAGGAGGGGAUCCUCGAGCUUCCCGUAGACAGCGGGCGGCCGAGCCGCGCACGGAGACCGCGCUGCCGGUGGGAACUCUGCGCGCCUCCGCGGAUGCCCCUAGCUCCGGCCGGUCGACCCCGCGCUCGGCGUUCAGGGCCCUGCGGAGCGCCCCCUUCCCACGCUGUCCUUCCGGAGCCGGGCUAAGGUGCGCUUUCGCUCCUCUUCCCUCCUUCUCUUUCUCCCACCUCUAUCUCCUCCUUUUUCUCCCCUUUUCACCCUCUGCUGACCCCAAGCAAGGGGCACACCGGGUCUUUCUCCUCCUUUCUCUCCUUCCUCCCUUCUCCUCCUCCUCCCUGGAGACUCUACCGAGGAAGGGGUCCAAGAAGGGGGCAUGUGGGUCCGCCUCUGACGGUGGACAGGUUUGGGGAGACACGCGCUCAGAUGGCCAAGUGGCUACGAGACUACCUGAGCUUUGGCGGUCGGAGGCCCCCUCCGCAGCCGCCCACCCCCGACUACACGGAGAGCGACAUCCUGCGGGCCUAUCGGGAACAGAAGGAUCUGGACUUUGAGGACCCCUAUGAGGACGCCGACAGCCGCCUGGAGCUCGACGCCACGGGGCCCGUGGACUCCAAGGGCCCUGGGGACGCCAAGUACGACUCUCCGAAGCACCGGCUCAUCAAGGUGGAGGCAGCCGACUUGGCCAGAGCAAAGGUUUUGCUGGGCGGGCCCAGGGAAGAGUCCGAAGUCGACACUGAGUACUCAGACCCCUUUGAUGCCCAGCCUCAUCCCCCACCCGCGGAUGAUGGCUACAUGGAGCCCUACGAUGCCCAGCGAGUCAUGAGUGAACUGCCAGGCAGAGGGGUGCAGCUGUAUGACACUCCCUAUGAGGAGCAGGACCAAGAGCCGGGAGAUGGGCCUCCUUCAGGGCAGAAACCUCGACAGAGUCGGCUGCCCCAGGAGGAUGAACGGCCAGCGGAUGAGUAUGACCAGCCCUGGGAGUGGAAGAAAGACCACAUCUCCAAGGCAUUUGCAGUGCAGUUUGACAGUCCGGAGUGGGAAAGAACCUCAGGCUCAGCCAAGGAGCUCCGGAGACCCCCGCCCAGAAGCCCCCAGCCCGCAGAGCGUGUGGACCUGGCCCUGCCCCUGGAAAAACAGCCGUGGUUUCACGGCCCGCUGAGCCGGGCAGAUGCGGAGAACCUCCUGUCGCUCUGCAAGGAAGGCAGCUACCUCGUGCGGCUCAGCGAGACCAGCCCCCAAGACUGCUCCCUGUCCCUCAGGAGCAGCCAGGGCUUCCUGCAUCUGAAGUUCGCACGGACCCGAGAGAACCAGUUGGUGCUGGGUCAGCACAGUGGCCCCUUCGCCAGCGUGCCCGAACUGGUGCUCCAUUAUAGCUCCCGCCCGCUGCCCGUGCAGGGCGCUGAGCAUCUGGCCCUGCUGUACCCAGUGGUCUCACAGACCCCCUGACCGGGAGCCUCAGCCUCCCGCCUUGGGCUGCAAGGACCCAGAAACACUGGCUGCAAACGUUGGAGGUCUUUCCAGCCCUGGAGGAGGCUAGAUGGAGACACUCCCUGUCCCUCAGGCCCUGGGUCCUCAUCAGAGUCGCCCUGCUCGGCCCCCUUCUGGGUUCUAUGGCCCAGAAUGGUGUCUGGAAACCCUCCUCUGGCCUGGAAAAUAAAUAAGUUAUUGUA